AUGACGCGUCGCAAGUUUCGUGCCGAUGUGGCAGCCGCCAUAAAUAUAUCAAUCCCAGGCAUUUCUUCUGUGAGCCUUGGCCCUGAUGACGGUGAGGUCGUUUGCAUCUACACUAGUAAUCGAUCUGCGGCUCAGAUAUCUCUACGUCUUACCACUGCAAGUGUCGACGACUAUCCGCAUCAUCAAGGCUUCCACGGGAGCACCGAAUGCGAUGGUAUUCCCAGCAGUAUCAUGGGUAUCCUUGGCCGCCUUGUCUACUCGACGCAAGGCAGGUCAGUGAUCGACAGCCUCGCGAUCCUUUCGAACCAGCUGGAAACCGCGCUUGGGUCGGCUGCCACGGCGCAGCAAUCUGAAGACCAUGUCUCUGUUGCCGAUGCCACCGACUCUUGGCCUGAGGAUGAGAUCGACGGUGACACGGAUGUUGAAUUUGAGGAUUAUGAUCUCGAGAUUCACGACAACACAGCAAGUGGGAUAGACUUGCAUCCUAUCGCGGCUAGCAGCCAGAACCAAGUCAAGAGGAAUGUUCGCCUAUGCGAGGAUCUCGCCAAGGCAAGAGAGAUUGGCUUCGGGAUUGGCCUUUGGCCCAACGAUGACAUAGUCUCGCUGAGCCUCAGAAUCGGCAAGCUGGGCCUCUCUGUGGAGACGCUCACAGCCUGGCAUGUCGAGCCGACCGACUACAUUGUUCUCCUUUUCACGUAUGAGGAGUAUUAUCUCCCACUCGAGACCUUCGCCACUAUGCAGGGAAAGGAGAAGCCUAUGCUGUUCCGCGUCGGAAAAUGCAAGACCUACAAGCCCUCCUUGGUGACCGCUCAAGCUGCGUUUAGCAAGCGAAAUCAGGCAGGGACGGCCCUGAAGGACACAAGCGACAGCAACGACGAUUUCGAUCGCCUCUACAUGUCAAACUCGUUGGAUCUGUGGAUGGAACAAGAAUUUGCUGCAUUGUUAUUGCUACGAAUCCAGUCCAAUCUAUCAUGGGAUCACGCGAAGCUCGCAAUGCUAGCUCAUUCGAAGAGCGACCACCUUCGGGGUCUUACGAGUGCCCCGGAAGCUGUAACGGCAGAUCAGGAGGCUGAAGUGCUCAUCUCUUCCACCUCGCCCUACAAACUCAACCAAGACUACGUCAUCCAGAACCCUGGAUCUGACUCUUCCGGCCUGCUGGAGAUAUCCAACCUGUCUAACACGAAGCAUGAGCGCAGUCUCCCCUUGGUUGCCAUGCAGUUCGCGCUGCGUUACUUUGUCAAUUGUACAAAGUACUGCAUGGUUUGCCAUCUCAAGAUUUCGGACGCCUUUGCUGCCAUUACCCCUUAUGUGUGCGACAAUCCCCUUUGUCUCUACCAGUACAUGUCUCUUGGUUUUGGCCCCAGUAUCGAACAUCAGAUCAUCAGCCAACCACUCGUCGUCGACCUCCUCAUCACAUUCUUCAUGAUUAGCUUGCAGCAAAACAAGCUCCGGGAAUUUCCUGAUGGGUUGAAUCUGCUCCUUCCGUUGCCCAUCUUCUCAAGAGCAAUUGAUGAAGAUUCCAAUCAAUGUAUCGUCGACUUCAGUCAGCGUCAAUUGUUCCGAAUCCGCACGGAUGGUACAAUUAGUGAGGUAGUAUCCUCUCUGAAUCUGGGGGAUGUCUUUCUCCUAGCCAGAGUGGAAACUUUGUCACUGGAUGCUGGAUUCGAUACUUAUCACUGCGUCGUAGUAUCUUUCGACUACGUUGAGGACGCAAUCAUGUUCAAGUGCUUUGCAACCAUCCCUAGCACUUCUUCGUCUCAAACAAGUGGAGCUUCUACAAAAGUUGAUCCGUCGAUUCAUGUUGAUGGUAAAAAGGACUACUUCAUACACCCUUUCGAACAUGAGCUCAGCGAGCUUAACCCGUAUCAAAGGGCGCAUUCUCUAGCCUUGAUCACUGGUAGCUUGCCUGCCGUUGAAACCAUGCGCCAACACCUCAUGAGCAAGCCAAAUGCCGCCAUUGAAGACUGUCCUGGCAUGGGUAAACCAUCGCUGGCACUGCUGAGGUGGAUCAUUGCGUCCAAUCGAUCCAUGAUUGUGCAAAUCGAUUCUGCAGAUAACAUCGCAACAGACAGCAUGUCGAGUAGAGCGUGCGAGAAGCUAUCUGGUAUUUCCACACGAUGCGUCCAGUUUCGAUUUGCUCAAGGAUCUCCAGACAAGGAGCAGCGGUUGAUCGAGGCGGUCAGAGCUAAUUCAUUGACCAAAGCGGCCCCUACGAUCUUUGCUUGGCACGGAAGUUCCUUGGGAAACUGGCACAGCAUUAUUCGCCAAGGCCUGGACUUCUCUAGGGUUGUCAAUGGUCGAACAUUCGGCAACGGCGUCUACUUCAGCCCGUAUUGGGAAACGAGCAGCUCCUACGCAGCACAACCCGCAUAUACAGGCACGUAUGGUUGGGUCAGGUCACAGCUACAGCCAUUAUCUGUCAUCAGCCUUUGUGAGAUUGUGAAUAAACCCGAUGCGUUCGUCAGUACCAACCCGCACUAUGUCGUUGCGGAUGUCGACUGGAUACAGUGCCGAUAUCUGAUUGUACAGAGUGCCACGGCCCCGGCUAUGCAGCCCCAGGAUGACAUUGAGCUGGUUCCUGUUGCACCGGGCACCGCCUAUCUCAAACAGGAUCCCAAAUACCGGGUAUAUGGCCCCUUGACCAGAAUGUUGGAGGUGAGCGGCGCCGGCGCCCCAGUUGGUAUUCCCGAAACAGCUUCCUCAGGCGCACGUCUAAGCCAACAACUCACAAGCCCGAUUGAGAAUGUGGUUCUCGAUGAUGUCGAGACUGGCGAUUCUUCUGUGGAAGAUUGCGAUUUUGAAAAAUGUGUGGGAGACAUCGGCCCCGAAAAUGGUGGACCGGAAGCUAUGUCAACAACUGCUGUCAUCUUGAAUUCCAGAAAAACCGACUUCCGACCAGGAACGCUUGACAUAAAGUCUCUCCCUAAGCUUCCAGUCCCCACCUGGGCCAUGGACAGUGGUCGACGGGCACUGGGCCAUGAACUGAAGAAGCUGCAAAAGAUCCAGGCGACGACACCACUCCACGAGUUGGGGUGGUAUAUUGACUUCAACAGCAUCGAAAACCUGUUCCAUUGGAUCGUCGAGCUGCACAGCUUUGACCCUAUGCUCCGUCUCGCCCGAGACAUGAAGAGUGCGGGUGCUCGGUCUGUUGUUCUUGAGCUGCGAUUCGGCCGCUCGUUUCCUCUGUCGCCGCCCUUUGUGCGGGUGAUCCGUCCUCGGUUCCUGCCUUUCAUGGCCGGCGGAGGGGGACACGUCACAAACGGCGGCGCCAUGUGCAUGGAGCUGCUGACCAACUCGGGAUGGUCUCCUGCCACGAGCCUCGAAAAUGUCCUGGUACAGGUCCGCAUGGCGAUGUCUAGCGAGGACCCGCAUCCAGCGAGGUUGGACUACUCAGCCCCCUACCAGGCGAGGGUUGCUGAUUAUGGCAUUGAUGAAGCUAUCGUGGCGUUCAAGCGGUCAGCAUCAGCACACGGAUGGGAAAUUCCAUCUGAUUCUGACGAAACGGCUCGGCUGGCUUGA